AUGGAUGACAUCGGUCGGGAGUCUUAUCGCCGAGAUCGUCUUUCUCAUUAUUCAGUGCAGUAUUCAGUUGCCGUUGCCGUUGGUGCUGAAGACUCUGACUCUGGAGACUUGUUCCAAUAUGGCCCUGCUACGUUCAUUUGGAACAACAGGAGAUGCCACGGUGGCAAGUUUCAUGUGGAUGUCCUGAACGGUAAUGACGAUGAUGUCAUCACACAGCUGGACGAAGCAUCUGCGAGGUUGGAUGAUCGAUUUGGCUACACUAUGAGGUAUCACAGCAAGGUACAACGAUGCACUGGCAAUGCCAUUCAUCUCGCAGUAAGCCGUGGCCACCUGUCGACGGUGCAGCUACUCUUGGAACGGCGUGCCAGCAUCGACAGCAUGACCCAGCGGGAUCAUGAGGACCACUACGACGUGAUCCAUGCGGCCGUGUUCCGAGAGGGCCGUGGAGGCUGCACUGACAUGAUCAAUUACCUGUGCAGCCAGUGUGCGAACAUUGAGAGCGUGAACGCCAACGGUCAUUCAUGCUUGCAUUUGGCUUUCCAGACAGGUAACGUUGAGACGAUACGUGUUGUUCAGCAGGCCUGUCGAAUGGGGCAUGCGGUGCAAAAUGAGCAAGACGCUGACGUCAAUUUCGACUGGCCGCAUCGGCUGCAGACCCCUCUGGAACGUGGAAUACAAUUUGGCAAGUUAAGCGCCCAAGCCUUGGCUGAACUGGCCCCCAUCAAUGGCAGCAGCCUCCGGACUUUCAUACAUUAUGCUCCCGAGUGCAUCCCAAUGUUCAUGAGCUGCGCCUUGGAAAAACAGCAGUCUGGGGGCCGAGUGAUGCAGCUCAUGGCACAACAGCUGACUUCCAAAGAACUCGCGCAGCUUGUGCGUGACAGACCUGAAGUUGCUUCAACGUUGCUGAACAUCCUCUCAGCCACACCAGAGACCAUGGGCAGUGGGCCAGCUGGAGAUGAGGGCUGGCACCCGCUUCCGCAGAGAGUUUCAUUUGCGAGCAGGAAUAGUGGCCUUCGCCUUCUUCAGUACACAAAUCGCCGACUGGUCUUCUAUGAGUCGGACAGUGAUUGGCUUUUUGAUGCCGAUUCGCGGGAAGCCCCCGAUUGGCACCGCAAGAUCAUCAGCGUCAAGUAUCCCCCCAUGCUGGAGGCUUCCUUCUCGGUUUGCUAUGUACCGAACCUUAUCUCGCCCGCCUUCUUCUCAGCUCUCUGCUCUCACGCUGGGGGUCCCGCUGCUGAAAGUGUUUUCGGUUGCAAGCCCAUACAAGCUGCAGUUUCAUUCGCCUUCUCGAAUGGCCCAGUUUUGACAGAUUCUUUGCAGUUUAAUGCUGCUUGCUGGGGACUGUUUCUUCUAGUCCUGGAAACUAUUUCCAGACAUGAGCUGUCUGUGGAAAGUGACAAGAGAAAUUUCGAUGUCCAGAUGAAUGAGGGAGUCUUUGGCCCAAGCUUUUUGGCAGAGGAUCAACGUUGUAAUAUCCAUUUGAAUGAGGGCUUAGGCCUACCGAGACUUUGCAGCGGGGUUGUUGCCGACUGGAUCAUUGCUAAAGGCAUCGUAGAUUUGGUCCUGGAGGCCUUUCAACUGUAUGGAUGCGCCGCCACGUUUCAGGUUUCAAGCUAUUUCACUGCUGACAACUUGUGGGACCUCAUUCGCAGCAUUCUCCCACUUGCAUUGGUUGUUGGCUAUCAGAAUCGGCUGCUGCACCUUCUCAUCGUGCUGAUCUACUGGAAGGGGCUUCUUCCGGCUUUGAUGUUCACUAUCAUUUGCUUUGCUGCGCUUACGCAUGCAAUGUAUACGGUGCAAGUGAGCCCAAGCUACCUUUGGCCGGAAACCAUUUACGAUGUUUUCACCAAGCUGAUUGUGCAGGGUCUGCCUGAGCAGCUACCAGAGGACCGGUUGGAGCUCAUGCUGUUGUAUGGAGGCGUGCUGUUCUUUUCCAUCUUUGUCCUGAACAUCUUUAUUGGCGUCAUUGGGGAGCAGUACUCAAACGAAAGAGACCUGUCAACUCAGAAGUUCCUGGGCCUGCGGGCUUCCUCAUGCUUGACAUUCAUGUUGCGAGCUUCAGUGAUUCCCUGUAACCUUUGUAGCUCAGUGACAGCGGGGAUACUGGGUUGCACGUGUACAGUUGCUGCCUUGCUGCUGCAGAUAUCGGCAGUUGCAAAAGGAUGGCAGCUGCCUGGCAUUGUGCAGUUCCAGGCGUUUCUAGCUUGUCAGAUGACAAUCUGUCUUUGUGCCUUUCAGUGCCGUGGAAUGCCAUGGCCCUCGUUGCCCACAACUAUGGGCUACAUGGCGCUGCACCCUUCAGCAAGAUCCUCCGACCGGCGAAG